CCCCCCCCCACAGAUGAACAGCAUGUCGUUUGCAAAAGAAAGGGAAAGACGUGCCAAUGCUGGCAGCAGAAUGCGGGCAUUACUAGAUCAAGAAAUUGAAAUGGAAGAUCUUUUCGAGAUAGAUGAAAACGAAGAAGACGAAGAAUUCCCUGUAGAAGAAGUGGAAGAAGAAGAAGAUAAAGUCGAUUCAGAUUUCGAUCUCGAUUCAUCAGAAGGCGAACAAGAGCAAAUCGACGAAGGCAAAGCAUUAGAUAAAGAAAUCGAAAAAGAAGAAAGAAAGACUCGUAAAAAUGUAACGAUGAAAACUGCAAUACCGGUUCCUAAACGAUCAAAGUCCACUAAUGAAGCGCCACGAAAGCGAAGAAACGUGGGUCAGACAGCUAUGACUGACGAAGAACGCCAGACGCGUUACUCUUCGAGAAAAAACACAGUACUUAGUAGGAUCUUAUUGGAAGGACAAUUGAAGGAGCAACAGAAGAGAAAAAAACAGCAACCUAAAAAAGAACGCCCAAUAGUUAAUAAGUUAACUCAAGAGGAAUUGUUAGCUGAGGCCGCUAUAACCGAGGAGAAGAAUAAGAGUUCUUUAUUAGAAUGGCAACGGAAAGAAGCAGAGAGAAAAGAGAAUGCGAAAGUCAAGGAGAAAAAGGAUAUUUCAGUUCCCUAUGUGAGAUAUUAUUCGUUUAUCGACAGUCAUCCUGAUUUCAGCAAAGUAAAGCGUGAUGCAAUCAAUAAAGAUCAGCAAAAGACGGAUGAAAGCAGCAAAGGCACAGAGGGAAAUGAUGGUGCUGAAGUGAUUGCCUCACCUACACUAUCAACAUCUGAAACGCAUGAGGAUGUCAGUACUUUGGAAACAGUGGAGCCUCCUCUUGAAUAUACUGCACGAAAUCUGAUAACAUUUGUUGAAAGCGAGCAUCAAAAUGGCCCGAUGUCUGAUACGACACUUGCCCAAGAUGAAGAUUGUGUGCAAGAUCAAGUAAAAUCAAGAUCGAGUCACGGGAAGGACAAAGAUUUAGAGUCGGUAGAUCUAGUGGACGAAUUAAAGGAGUGGUUGAUAAGGGCGCCCAGACCUAAUAAGCCUAUACUUUGCCCAAUCACCGGUAAAAUUGCAAAGUACCGUGAUCCGAAGACCAAUAUACCUUAUGCCAACAUUCAAGCUUACAAUAUCAUUAAGGAAUGCUUACAGCAGAAAAUGAAUUGGUCUUCUGUAUCCGGGCUUUUCCUGGGAAACAUACCGAGUGCUAAAGGUGUUCCUGAUCGAUGGACUCAAUAGAUUAGCAAUAUCAAUAUAUCAGCGCGUUUCGACAACUACAAUUUAGUCAUCAUGGGCUUUUACUUAUACCCUUAAGCAGCUAGUCUGCACAAUUAUUACUUGUAUAUUUGAACAUCGUCUAUCUCUUCUUCUUAGUUGAGGUACUCUGCUCAGUAGGAGGAUUUGAUAUGUACAAUCUAUAAAGCUCGUUUUAUUUUUCUGAUCUCUGGAUAAUUUUUCUUGAUUUGCCAAUCUACAGUUAGUCAUUAUUUGAUAUAAAGGUUGAUUGGGCUUUUUUUUUUGCGUUUGCGUAGCACAAGCUACCCUUAUGCUACCCAGCCUUCAACCUUACUGAGAUAGUAUAAGGUGAAAUACGACAAAUGGAGUAGGAAAAAUCAAUUUUGUCUUAUACACAAA